AUGAUGAGUUGGGCCUUCGUCUUCGCUCCUCUCUCUCCUUCACAUGGCUCCCAGCAAGCGACAGGGGACUCUAAACUGCCUGUAGGUGUGAACAUGUCUGCCUCCGUGUGUGUCAGCACCGUGACUGACAACACGCUGGGCCCUUACACCCAAUGCAUGCUGGGAGCAGCUAUUGCCGGGUUGAGUGGUCUGGAGAAGGACACAAGACCAUAUGGCUGUGUGGAAUUAAUAACUGUUACAACUCCGCACAAGUUUGUAAAUGUUACAACGGGAGGAACAGUCCUGCUCCAGUGCACGUUUGUGACGAGCCAGCCGACUAAUGGUCUGACCAUUCAGUGGGACAUGGUCUCCAAGACCUCCAUGACUCCACAGCAGCUAUAUUACUACCAGGCUGGCAAAGAUUUGAUCACACAACCAUAUGAGGGAAGAAUUCAGCCUCCUCUGUCUCCAGCCACAUCCUACAACGCCUCAAUAAUCAUCAGAAACAUGCAGCCUGCAGACUCCGGGGUGUACACAUGUGAGGUGCACAACUACCCCGACGUAGCUGGUCAAUCUCAGGUCAGCAUCGUGGUCAAUGUGCUAGAGAAGCCAUCACAGCCCUACUGCUCAGUUCAUGGAGAUGUAGAAACAGGCCACUUGGUCACUCUGACCUGCCACAGCGAGCACGGGAGUCCUCCCCCUAUCUACACGUGGAUCAGACUGGACCAAACCAAGACCAGGAGGCCCGUGUUGGGCAGAACUACUGACACCGGGAUUCUCCAGAUUGCUAACAUAUCUCAGUUUGAGUUUGGGGAGUAUCAGUGCAAUGCCACCAAUGCUGUUGGCUAUUCAACUUGCACUAUAGAGUUAAACCCUGAAGCGGGGGCUGGAGUGGUUGCUGGAGCAGUGAUCGGCGCGUUGCUGGGUUGCCUCUUGAUCGUGCUAAUCGUGUGGUUUAUUGCUCACACUGUGAAGAAGAGCAAAUACAAAGCUGUUAAAGCGUCUGAGGCCAACGAGAAGAAGGGGCGCCCUUCUCAGGCUGUCAGCGCUCCUCCUGCCACUGUGGAGACUGAAAUCACGACGAGCGACAACCGCCACGAGGAGGAGGACGAGGGACAGGAAUAA